AACAGCUCAGGUUGAUCUUACCGAGCUGUGCUGGCUGCGCCCUCUCUGUGCUGUGCCACCAGAUGCCCACAGAACAGAACAGGAGCUCUGGGAGCUCCAUGGGGUGCUGCAGGGACGGUGCCCGCCCUGCCCCACUGCACGGUGCCAUGCGGGGCUGCUGGGCACGGCCCCCUCGCUCCUGAAUCAGUACUGACUCACCGCAGCUUGGAUGGGAGUGCAAAGGUGCCUACCGCAGCCCAGAGCCUGUGUCCGUGCUAUGUGGACGUCUCAAGCAGAGCCGUGACGGCAGCUCAGCUGACGAUGGAUGACCUGGCUCUGCUCGACCUGCUGGAGUGCCCGGUGUGCUUCGAAAAGCUCGAUGCCACAGCCAAGGUACUGCCGUGCCAGCACACGUUCUGCAAGCCCUGUCUGCAGAGGAUCCUCAAGUCCCAGAAGGAGCUCCGGUGCCCUGAGUGCAGGACACUCGUCCUCUGCGGCAUCGAGCAGCUGCCAGCCAACCUGCUGCUCAUCCGCCUGCUGGAUGGUGUCAGGUACGGGCAGAAUGCACCCCGCUUUGGCUCCAUUCAGCGCUCAGGGCUCCUGUCCUCCCCUGCCUGCAUCCGCAGGGCCCCGCGAGGUCUGCAGCUUGCCCAGCACCGGCUGCCCACCGCCCCCAGGAGCCUCACGGAUGGGGUGCCGCGAGCCAAAGCGCUGUUCUCCUACCGGGGCCACAACCCGGGGGAGCUGCGGUUCAACAAAGGGGACGUUAUCGUGCUGCUCCGGCAGCUGGACCAGAACUGGUACCUGGGGGAGCUGAAUGGCGUCAGCGGGGUCUUCCCAGCCAGCUCGGUGCAGGUCAUCAAGCAGCCUCCCCUGCCACCGCCCCUCUGCAGGGCUCUGUACAACUUCGACCUGAGGAGCAGGGAUAAGAGUGAGAACAACGACUGCCUGUCAUUCCACAAGGGAGACAUCAUCACCGUCAUCAGCAGAGUCGAUGGCAACUGGGCUGAGGGCAAGCUGGGCGACAAAGUGGGCAUCUUCCCCGUGCUGUUCGUGGAGCCUAACACGACGGCACGGCAGCUCCUGCAGAGCAGCAAAGGCUCCUGGCCCACCCCGCUGCGCUGCACACCGCUGAGCGUGGCCUCCCACAAGGUACAGGGCCAGGAGCUGCACAAGGCACCCAAUGCCCGGCGCAAGAGCCUGCGUCCCUUCUCCAUCACCACCGCCCUCAACACACUGAACCGCAUCGUGCACGCUCCUGCUGACCGCCCCACGCUGCGCAUCAGCUCCCCGGUGCUCAUCAGCUCCAGCAACCCCAGUGUGGCCGCGGCCGGCAGUGAGGAUGCGCCCAGAGGGACCCCUACCCAGCAGGUCAGUGCAUCCUACUAUCCUGCUCCAGGAUCACUGAGGCACUCGGCAGCCAUUGUCACUCUGCCCCACCUGCAGCAUCACCUCUCAGCCAACAUGAAACCCAGCACACCCGACUCGAAGCUGCCCUCGCUGUACGCCUCGUGGACGCUGUCAGCCGCCUCGCUGUCCUCGCAGGGCAGCAACUCAGAGAGCGCUCAGCGACAGAGCCGGGCAUUGGAGGCAGCGCUGCCCAUGGGGCACACAGCACUGCGGCGCGGCCGCGGCUGCACCAGGAAGAAUGGGUCCCUGCAGAGGCCGGCACAGGCAGGGCUGCAGGCUGGCAACUCCCUGCGCCGUGUGCCCACAGCCGGGCUGCAGCCGUACCCACAUGAUGGCAGCCCGCCCCACAGCAGCCCCGCUGCUGGCACAGCUGAGGUGGGCACGAGGCCCAGCUUCUCCCACGAAGCCCCGCCAGCGCUCACAGUCAGAGGAGGGGAAAGUAGGACUCCAUCUGUCUGCAGCUCGGUGAUCCUGGACGCCAUGGACACACUGGCAAAGAGUGAGUCAGUGCCCCGGCCACCCGCGUCAGCCCCGCCAUCCAUCCUGGUGAAGCCGGACAUGUCCCGUAACAGCAGUGACAAGCAGGUGAAGACGGUGCGGUUCCAGAACCACAGCCCGCCGCCCAAGAGGCACGGCCCGCAGCCCUCCCCACGCCUGCCCCGCAGCAGCACCGAGUUGGUGUCCACAGCUGAGCCCCUGCUGUGCCAGGGGAGCCCCGAGCCACCUGCACUGCCCUCCCCACGCCUGGGCAGCAGCCCCCUGUACCCCCGCAGGGUGCUGCACCCACGGGCAGCAUCGCUGGAGCUGUCAGCACCGCUGACCUUCCCCGUCAGGAAGAGCUACAGCAGCAUCUCCGCCAACUGACAGGUAGUGCCCACAGCCCUGCACCCAUCUGCCCCUUCUGAGGAUGUUGUGGAGCUCAGGGGACCCCCCCCCCCCCAGCACCUGUGGGCCCAGGAGCUGCGCUGGGCCAGGUGUGCAGUGACACAGAGCAGCUGAUCCACGCAGGGCAUGGGGAUGGAGUGGGAGGGGGAGAACACGCACAGCAGGAACAGCGCUGUGUGCUGUGACAUCCUUGGGGCUGCAGCAGUGCUCACAGGGAUCCAAGCAGCAAGCAUCAUCUUCCUACAGGAUGGGGCUCUGGCUCACGUGCUUUUAUUAGUGUUAAGACUACCCAUGCCCAUCUGACACAAUGAACACUGGAUCCAAAACUGCUGUAAAAUCUCAUCCAUCAUUAAUCACAUACCAAACCCAUAGAAUUAGCCUUGUUAGUGACCCAAAACUCACCACAGCCCUGGAGCAGCCCAAGCAAGGGAUGCUUUAUUUUAGAGCUGAGGGACUGAUAACAGUGCCCGUUAUCCCACAGCCCUGCACUUGGCUCUGUCAGACCCUUCCUCUUUAAGCAGCAGAAAGGGAUUUCCAGCAGCACUAAGUUCUUUGCCUGAUGCUCUCUCAGGUACAAGUGGAGGUGCAGGCAGAGAACAGGACAGCUUUCAGCAAUGCCCUCAGUGGCACUGCACAGCCCAGAGCCAACACCAGCACUUUGCUGGGGGUUCCUCUCAUCCCCUUAAAAAUAAACCAGAAACCUCAGCAGCUGUACAGCUGGGAACAACUGCCCCUCUCACAGACAGGUCCAGAGAUGAACAGAACCACAUUAUGCUCAGUGCCACCCAUGACAGUGAUUUAGCACACACAGCAGCCACGUAUCACUCCUACCAACCCCUGCUCAGAACAUCACUGCCACAGAACAACAUUCCCUUCUGCCAGGACAAACAGCACCGAGGCAGCACUGCACUGCAAUGCAUUGUGUGGUGCUGAGACUUCACACAGAGCACAAAGGAGUGCACCCAACCUGCUGUGUGAUGGCAACCAGUGGGCAUCCAUCCAGCUGAUGGGGAAAGAAAAGGCUCUGCCACUGCAUGUGAACGGCUGUGGGCAGAGAUGGGGAAAGGCGCUAAUUAGAAUGGCCACUUUAGUAAGAGCAGGAGGCCAUUCUGUGACAGAUCCCAUAGCUCCUUGCACAGACUAUAUCGAUGUUUUGAUGCUAUGGCGAUACAUUCUCUCAACUUAUCCAAGAUGUGGAGGGAGAGAGAACUGAAAACAGGGCACCACUUAAAGCAGCAGCUCUAAUCAGUGCUGCCAAGCUGCUCCCAGCAGGGCACAUCUUCCAACCCAGCUUCUCACAGCACCUUGGCUGCACACUGCACUGCAGGCUGAAGGCUCACAUGGGUGGAGGGAUGUUCCUCUCCCAGCCCCAAGAUGAAGGAGAAGCCCAUGCAGGAGCUCCAGCAGCAGUGCCAGGGGCUGCCAUCAGCAGCACUCCAAGGCCCUGGAACUGCUUCCAAGUGAUCCUGUUUAGUUUUCCUUAAGCCACAAGGCAGUACCUGCAAAGGCAAAAUCCCAGCCCCAGAGCAGCAGGUUCAUAUGUAUGUUUAUCAGUAUUUUAGAGGGCUUACUCACUGCUGAAUGGCUCUUGAGGUUCAUUUGUGCAAAAUAUUUGUAUCACACAUAAUUAUAGUUAGACAGACUUCAGGUUUCCCUUUUCCUUUUCUUCUUUCCUCCUCCCUCCCCAAUCACCCCCCAUCUCAGUAUCUCCCUACCCAAGAAGCCACAUCUCAGAGCAGGCAGCGCUCAGCCCAGCUGCAUGGUUGGACCCCCAUGGGGUUGGGUGCUGACAGCCCCCAGUGGGGCCGUGCACUGCUGACAGGCAGACAAAUAGACCACUGGUACCAAACCUCUGACCUGAAUGCUUUCUGAAGGCAGCAGGGAUCAGACAGUAACUGACUGUGCUCAUCAGGCCAUGAGUUUUAACAUCUCCUUUCUGCGCUGAGCCCAGCAAACGUUGCAGUGAAAUGUUACAGCCUCAUUGCUGUGAGAGAGAACACAGCAAGGACUAUUUUACACAUGUAUGUUUAGAAACAGGUAUACAUAAUCUUUUCUUAUUUGGUGAUGGGCAGGAAGAGCAAACAGAAUACUGACAUUUACCUUCAGCUUGGGAGGCACUUGUAUAAACUCAGCAAUGCUCAAGAUUUUUUUCCAUGAUGUGAAGUUCAUUUUCUUUUUUUUUAAGCGCUUUUCCAAUUUAAUGUAUCACUAAGGAGAAGAAAGAACUCAAUAAACAAAAAGAUAUUCUCUUCCUGGGCUGUA